UAGAAUAAAUUGUACAGCACCAAAAGCACCUGAGUACUGUCGAGCAAGACCAGUUCCAUUAAUCGCAAACAUGGCGGCUUCUUUGAAGACCUCGAAGAGAAAAAUCGACACAGACUCCGUCCGAAAUACGAAGAAGGCCAAGAAUACUAAAGAAGCUCCUGUGCCUAACGACGCUGUGGAGCAGAAAGCCACCACAAAGAAUAUUACAAAGGCGGUUAACGAGCCUGUCGUCACCCAGAGCGGCUCAAAUGGGACCCGGAAAUCGACGCGAAAGCGUGCAGCCGAUUUCUUCGAGACGGAGCAAGUACUAGUAGCUCCUGUGACAGCACCGGCGUCCAAGAAAGUGAGGACUGUUAAGCCUGAAGGAGCCACCAAGGAGAAGAAGACUGUGAAGAAGACAGACCAGGAAGAAAUCGUUACCCUGAAGCUGGAGAGCAAAGUCACGAGGAAGGAUACUACCAAACCAAAGAAAGGCGAAUCGAAGCCAGCGACUGUCGAGUCAAAGCCCAAAAGAGAGGGAUUGAAGACUGUAAAGACCGAAUUAAAGUCUCAAGAGGAAGAGCCAAAGCCUUCCAAAUCUGAGUCAAAGCCUAAGAAAAGCUUAGCGAAGUUGAAGAAAGAAAGCAAGAUCUCCGAACCCGUUGAAGUGCCCUUUGACGAAGAUAAUGAGGGUGACGAGGUCGAUGACCAGACUGCAGAGCUCCUGAAAGGGUUCGAGAGUAGCGAAGAUGAGGAAGAGAUAGUGGUGGAUGAGCCCGCUGCUAUUGACAACGUUCCAGCCGCACCUAGUAGCAAAGCGCUUCAGAAAAGGCUCAAAGCUGCCGGAGACCACGUAGAAGAACGGGGCGUUAUUUACGUCGGUCGCAUUCCUCACGGAUUCUACGAGCACCAGAUGCGCGCAUACUUCUCACAAUUUGGAGAUAUCACCCGCCUUCGUCUUUCCCGCAAUAAAAAGACAGGCCAGUCUAAACACUACGCAUUCGUCGAGUUUGCGUCUUCGGAGGUCGCUAAGAUCGUUGCUAACACGAUGGACAAAUAUCUCAUGUUCAACCACAUUUUGCAAGUCCGCACAGUACCGAAGGAGCAGGUACACAAGAAUCUCUUCGCCGGCGCCAACUCGAGGUUUAAGGCAGUGCCACGUAAUAAGUUGGCUGCAAAGCACCUUAGACAGCCUCUACACAAAGAAGGCUGGGAGAGGAGGAUCACUAAAGAAGUGAAGAGACGCUCAGUAAAGGCUGCGCAGCUCAAGGAGAUUGGAUACGAAUUUAAAGCACCUGCAAUCAAGAGCGUGUAAAGUCACUUCCAUUUUGUGGAAUUCAAAAGUAAUAGACCGGUCAGUAUCUGGCAGUAUAAUGAAUUUAACGCAAGUCAUAUUUUAAAAAAUAUUGGUAAUUUUCCUUU